ACCAACCACAGAAAAUUUGAUAAAUCUGACUCAAAAAUGAAGCUGGUGAUCCUGUUAUCCUUCUUGCUCGUUCUCACAAUGUUUUCUUCAGGAAUUGAGACUUCGCAUCUUGACAACGUCCACCACAAGAUUAAAGAGAAGGUGGUGAUGAAUGCAAGAAGAAUUGAUCUAGAGACUGACUACAGUGGUCCGCAUUUGAGACCACCUGUUCCAUCACGCCCUCCAAAAGCACUACUACAUGUCGGUAACGUCCACCACAAGGUUAAAGAGGAGGUAGCGAUGAAUGGAAGAAGAAUCGAUUUUGAAAUGGACUACACCGGCCCGCAUCCAAGGCCGCCCGGCCCUCCACACGCACCAGUACAUGCCUAAAACAAGAAAAAGUAGAUGUCCGUCUAUUACACAAAUGAAAAUAUCACGAACCAUUUUAUUUAAUAACAUGAAGUUAAGUUAAAAUUGUCAUAUUUUCGCUAAAAUAUAUUAUAAAAAUGUGUGUCCUUUUUAUUAUUAUACAGAUUUUUUUUUUUAAAGUUGUGUGAUAAAAAAAAUAAGUCUGUAUUCAAAAGGUUGAUAAAGUUAUGUGAUAUGGAACAAAUAUGGGUACAAAGACAACGGAAAUUAUGCUUCAUUUUUAUAAUAUAUG